AUGGCCAGCCAAGAUCCCGGGCUUCUCGCCCGCUUCAACCACAUCGUUCAAGGCGCCGUGCCUACAUACACCUACACAACAGGUUCCGUUCAGCGGGUCCGCGUGAUUGGCAUCCCGGGCUUCAUCUACCCAUCCACCACGGACAGCGACGAGGAGCGGCUAGCAUUCGCGCGAACACAAAUUGAAACGGCAUUCACCAACCCGGACAUGCUCAAGGCAGUUUUCAACACGGCCGACAGCGGGCGGCUGACCAUCUUCAUGACGGGCGAAAACGCCCUCUGUGGCCAAACCAUGGCCGACGGGACGACGUGGGAGUUCCCAGGCAAGAACACGGUCCCGCUCAGCUGGCAGCCCGCGAUCCGCGAAACGCUGCUCGACUGCGCACAGUACAUCGCCAUGUACACGCACGAGACCAUCGGCUGCUCGAUGACGACGACCUACGACCUAGGCGUCAAUGAUGCCAACGGAAAGCCGACCCUGUCGAAUACUUCCAUCCUGGUGUGUUCCGAGAAUAACGAGGCAUGGUCGGUCGACAAGGGCAUUCCGAGUCAGAUUGACGGCUACGACAAUUGGGUGAUGGUGGACACGACGGGCUCAGCACAGACGACCAAGGUAUUUUCCGUCAGCGACAUCCUCGGCGGCGGCGCAACCGACAGCAAAUCCGUCAUGCUCUCGAUCCGCAUCUGCUUGGACGCGACACAGGACACGCCCUUUGACCAAGCGACCGAGUUGCGCCCUCCUGAUAUCGUUCUCUGUCCGGCGCUGGGCGCCCCAGCCAGAGAGAGUUGGUCCAAUGGACUGAGCUCCGUCGUCAUGGUGGCCGACACGGCAGAUCAACACAUCACACAGGUCAUGAAGGGUGGCACAGGCACCUGGCAGAAAGUCGAUAAUUUCGCCCCUCUCAGCCACUACAGCUACAUCGAUACCCAGCAGGCCACCCAGGCUUCGCAGAUCCUGGGAGAAAACUUGUUGCAAGCUCACGGGUUCGCGCAAGGGGCUCUGCUGGCUGAGACGUUCACGCGCGUCCCCGGGAGCCAAGUCAUCACCAUGAAAGACGAAGAGACCGGUGCCACCACAAGCGUGAUUGAAACCGCCACAGCGAGCAUCCCGACGAGACCGGAGAUGCCGGCAACGGUGGCCAGCCUCAACAGUUUGAUGGGCGGUACCUCGUCGGUCAUUGAUGCUGAAGGCUUUGCUGACGGAGUAUGGGCCGACGACCCGGACACUGGCCUGCCGCCGGAAGAGCCAGUGGAUCCUGCGAGCAAGGCGAAUGACCAGAACCUUGCACUCACGCUGACUAGUGGGCUUGGAGCAACCGAAGCCAAGAUUCUGAAGGAAAGGAGUCCUGCCUUGCAGAGGAGGAAGCAGAGACUUCACUACCAGCCAGUUCAGCACUAUGUCCUUGGGUCCAGCGGGAUCGCCAGCUUGAGCAAGGAAGAAAAGGACGAGCUGAGCCAGCAAUUCCGCACGGGACCUUGCACCGUCUCCGUGCUGACGCCGGCCGACGCGAAAACACUCACCGACGUCGAGGCGCUCAUCGGAACACGUCGUCUGAGCAGCGCACCGGCGGAGACUAUCAGCCGCGUGUCCUACUACCACUACGUGAAGCCCCCGAAUCGCUUCUACGAGGACCGAAACGUCAAGCCGUACAAGGGCACAGUGAUCUAUACUGAUCGGUGCAACACCACGGAUGCGGCCAGUGAGGAAGCGAAAUUGCGAACAGAACGGGAUCGCCUGCACAGGUGGCUGCUGCACUUCAACUACGGCUGGCAUCCUCUCAGUAAGCACAGCAAGCGCGCCUUCGACACUAGCACAACGCCACAGGUCAUUCCGUUGUACUAUCGCGACGCGCCGGAAGCCCAGGUUAAGGGGACAGCCCAGGUCCAAGGCACUGUGCAAGCCGACGACGACACGCCGACGGAUCUGAUGAACAUUGUCUCGCAGUUCAGCGACCUGUGGCCCGACAUCGCGCCCAUGGGGCAACUCAUCGACAUCACAAACCCCAAUUCCAACCAGAAUGGCAUCCGAUUCGGCAAGAUCGCCGUCACGACCAUCGGCUUCGGCGUGACGUGGACGCCCGCGAGCAUUUCGACGAACGUCAAGGACAUCUACUACGUCAGCCAUGCCGUCGAGCUGGCGCCGAACCCGCAGCUAACCAUGGGCGGGUACGUGCUGCGCACGUCCAUCAUCGAUCCCGCAGCGCCAGACCCAUACAUCUGCACCGCGAACGACAUAUACCCGGCAAUGGUGGAGUCGAGCACGGGGUUCAGUGGCACGGACCAGGACUUUUUGGCCGUCAUGGACCUCAACGAGCGGUUCUUCUGCUACCCGGGCCUGCAGGUGCGCAACAUCUUCAACGGGCCGCGGACUUUUAUCGUGCAGAGCUCGUCCCCGCAGACGACGCAGGAAACCACGCAGCUCACCACGGGCGUCGACUACAGCGUGACCGGCAACUGGGGAUUCUUCGACGCCUCAGGAACCGGCAGCAUAAGCGGCAGCGCGAGUUUCUCCUCCAGCAAGACCACCGAGGUGCCCGCGGUCAAGGUCACGGACAUGAGCUCCAUGUACGGCUUCGUGCAGGACGCCAUGUACCGCUUCGACUUCAGCAGCAACACGCUAGUCGGCGCCACGACGAUCGACCUGCAGACCGAACAGCUCUUCUUCGUCGACGACGAUCUGAAAGGUGACAGGACGACGGGGACGGGCAUCACCCAGAAAUUCCAACUGAUUGUCUACGGCUGGGCCUAUGGCGGAAACAAUCAGAUGUAUACCUGGAGAGAGAUCAGGCCGUUCGAGCUCGCGGUUCCGCCUCUUCCAGCCGGUGUGAAUCCUCCGCCACCACCACCGCCGAUACCACCAACCGUUUGA